AGUGAAAUUAGGAGGUUCUACUCACCGUUUCUGAACAAAAAACAAAAGAUUAUGUGUAUGUUUUAUUUUCAAAUGAGUUUUCAGUGGUUUUAGCUCUCUGUGGCUUUUAAUAAGAAUUUAUUAAAUCAGUUUAUUUUGGUAAAAGUGAAGCAUAACAGCAUUUCUUGCUGUUUAUGAGAAAUACAGAAUUUUUAUAGAAUUUGUUUCUACAUAAAUCUUGAAAAAGUUUCUGUAUCUCAACAAACGCGCACAGAACAAGCAACAAAAUAACCUGAAAAGCAGUGAAAAUUUGAAGUGUUUGCUUUUAUGGUUUCACUUUUCUGGAGAACGUUCUCGAUUCCCGCCCUUUCUUUGUCAUCACGUGGCUUCAAUUCAAAUACUUCCUGAUCCACUGGGCCGUCCAAUCACAGCCAGGCGACGCUGCAGCUCAAUUUCCAUACAGCAUGUAUAAUAUCAGCUGUUUCCUCUCCAGCAGCUCAUUCGUCUGCUGUAAGUUUCCAGAGACAACAUGCCCGAACCCGCCAAGUCCGCGCCCAAGAAGGGCUCCAAGAAAGCGGUCACCAAGACGGCCGGCAAAGGAGGCAAGAAGAAGAGAAGGACCAGGAAGGAGAGCUACGCCAUCUACGUGUACAAGGUGCUGAAGCAGGUCCACCCCGACACCGGGAUCUCCUCCAAGGCCAUGAGCAUCAUGAACUCCUUCGUCAACGACAUCUUUGAGCGCAUCGCCUCCGAGGCCUCCCGUCUGGCUCACUACAACAAGCGAUCCACCAUCACCUCCAGGGAGAUCCAGACCGCUGUGCGCCUCCUGCUGCCCGGUGAGCUGGCCAAGCACGCCGUGUCCGAGGGAACCAAGGCUGUGACCAAAUACACCAGCUCCAAGUAACCAGCUCUGCUGCUGAUGCUCCAACCCAACGGCUCUUUUAAGAGCCACUCACUGCAUCUGGAGAGCUCUGAUCAUGAUGAUCACUUGGAUCUACAGAUUCUUGAUAAAUUGUUUCUUCAUUCCAGAGUUUCUUCAAUUGUUCUCUACCAAUUUAAUUAAAAGAUCAGAUAAAACUGAAAUUGGGGUGAAACAUCUUACAAAUGGCAAAUCUGCACAUUUCAUGAAUUGGAUGACUUUGUGAUAUUAAAAAGAGACAUUAAAACUGUUUUAAUAGUUCAGUCUACAAAAAUUUACAGAACUGGGUCAAAACUGCUUUUAUUGUAAUAUGCAAACAUUUGACAUGCUUGGUGUGUAAACAGAUAUGUAAUACUUUAUCCUGAAAGCAUUACAUAUUUUAUACUAAAUAUGCAAAGAUUUCUGUUGUCUGUAUUAUCUGAAGGAUAAGAUCAGUUGGGGCGGCGAUCAUCAGUUUGCUCCCAUGGUCCAUUUGUGCUACAGGUUGCUUUAGCUCCGCCUGGAAAAGUCAAAGCAGCCUCCAAAAAAAUGUCAAACCUUCAGGACAACAUGUGAUUUAUCAUCUUUUAACAGACGGUUAAAAGAAACUGGGUUGUUUCUCAACUCUCAGGUAAAAGUGUUGGAUGCAAAUUGUUUUUAGAUGGAAAAACAAUGAUGGAAGAUGUGUUGCAUAGCAACAUGCUGACCUCUAGUGAUGGCCAAAUGAAGCCUCAUGAAGCAGUGAAGCUUCAGGCCCAUUGCUUUGCCCAAAAGGUUCAUUCAUUUCUCACUAGUGACAUCUGCUGUUCAAACUGUGGCAGCCUUGUCACUCAGACAUAUUUAAAAACAAUUAGUAAAUGCAAUAUUGACCCAAAGUUUUUUGUCAAACUCAUGUUUAGUAACAGGAGAGUCAAUUAAAUCCUAUUUAACUAAUCUUUUUUAGUUAUUAAAAUGAUUUGUAGUCCAUCCUGGUAUAUGUUGACUGUCAUUGGCUGUUUUCUUUUAUCAUCGACUGAUUUGACAAAUAAAUUUAAGUAUUCAGAGUGCUGCUUGUUGGGGCAGACAGUUUUCUUUGAGUUUUGAAAAUUCUUAAAAUUCUUCAAAACUUCUCUUUUUCUUGGAUUCCUAUUGGCUCUCUGAUCUGAUCCCUUAUAUUUUUACUCAUCAGGCCAGAAUUUUACUCUUCCAACAGCUUUAGUCUGUUUCUGCUGUGCAAGACUGAUAAAUUUUUGCAGAACAAAGAAAUAGUGGAAACUUCAAGAAGGUGAGAAAUUUUGGAGGUGAAGGGUUUAAUUCUUUUUUAUUUAAGAACCUUGUGAAUGAUCAUCUCAAAGUAUUCCCAGAUGUCAGAUUUUUUCUUCUCGCUGGCUCCUUUUCAAUCAAGUUCAUUUGUGCAGCACAUUUCAACAACAUUGCGGUUUCAAAGCUUUACAUAAUAAAAACACAAAUA